AUGGGAAAUAAUAGCAAUGAAGCUUGUGACACCAGGCUCACACUUGGACUUGCCACAAGUGAUCAUCAUAAGAAAAUUACAUGUCUAGAUCUAUCAAUUAUUCCUCUUCAUGACACCAGCAAGAUUGAUGGAUCUAGCUCAAAAACUUGUAAAUUUUUUAGCAAAUUUAACAGUGAAAGCAAGAAGAUUGGCAUGAGAAAGAAACUGAGGCUUACUAAAGAACAAUCCACUUUGCUUGAAGACAGUUUCAAACAGCACACUACACUCGCAAUGGGUCAGAAACAAGAACUUGCAGCAAAAUUAAAACUCAAACCAAGGCAAGUAGAAGUUUGGUUUCAGAAUAGAAGAGCAAGGACUAAACUGAAGCAAACAGAAGUAGACUGUGAGUUCAUGAAGAAAUGGUGCCAGAGUCUGAAUGAUGAAAAUAAUAGGCUAAAGAAAGAGUUGCAAGAGCUAAGAUCAAUCAAGAUUGAUCAACGGGCGACGCCGUUUCAUCUUUCCAAGACUAGGACACUGGCACUGUGUUCAUCAUGCCAGAAAAUUUCAAGAGGUGACACUGAUGAAAAACAUGAAACAGGGCGGGGAAGUGCCCAGUGA